UUUGGCACAGAAAAACAGCAUCGAAAUCCUUGCGGACCUUGGAGGGUUAUAUUUACCCAAAACUUAUUUUCAAAUGGGCCCCGUCGCCUAGCGUUUACUCCCCCCCCGCAGCCUCGCCGACAGAGUUGUAUUGGGUGCUACUGAACAUCAAGCACGUCUGGGUCACUAAAAGGUUUCCAUCAAGUACAGCAUUCAGCCACCAACAUUAGCAUGGCAGCUAUUCCAGCAGGCGGAUCUCUCGUGGCGACCACCGACUACUACCGGAGGCGCAUCGGCUCAACUUCCAGCAGCAGCUCUUGUGGCAGUUCGGAGUACACCGGAGAGGUCAUCCCUCACCAUCCAGGUCUCCCCAAGCAGGACUCUGGCCACUGGUGGUCCAGUUUCUUCUUUGGGAAGCAGAACCAACCAGGGAUGACCACCUUGACCGAGGAGGCACAGCAGAAGGCGGGGGUCCCAGGUGCGGUGACGAAUGGUCAGAUCACCUGCGUUGCCAGGGAGAUGGUGAUGCAGCGCCAGGCAAGCGAGACCAGCGAGUCAGGAAGCCCCACCUCUUCCUGAUGCCGCCCAACCCAUCCUGUUCCAUUCCGCACCUCGGGGUGUCGAACCAACGACCAACGCUAGGUGACGGGAGGAUGUCCCGUUUACAACCUUAAGUUUAUUAGGUUUUUUUUUUUUUUUACUUCCAUUUUGUGUCAUUGUAGUGUAGGCUGCCUUACAUGUUUUUUUUGUAACCGUUUUUUAUUGACAAAAAAAAAACAAAUAAAAAGGAAUAAAAAUACUGAUGCAACUGAUAAGCUACUUGUUUUUGUUUAUUUACAUUUGUACCAUCUGUAACACUGUGGUGUAUAGACACACUGGUGGAUACACAUACCGUUUUUUCAAGAUAUUUUCACUCUGUGAUUGCAGAUGCAAUAAAUACUCAUGCAGCCUGA